GACUAGGACAUCUUCAUUCUCAACGCCGACAACCCAGCAUACACAACACGCCACCAUGUCGUCCAAGGUCAAGGCUGGUCAGCUCUGGGGCAAGAACAAGGAGGACCUCUCCAAGCAACUUGAGGAGUUGAAGACCGAGCUCAACCAGCUCCGCGUCCAGAAGAUCUCCAGCGGUGCUUCGUCCAAGACCAACCGAAUUGGCGAUGUUCGCAAGUCCAUUGCUCGCGUGAUGACCGUCAUCAACGCCAACCAGCGCGCCCAGCUCCGUCUCUUCUACAAGGGCAAGAAGUACACUCCUCUUGACCUCCGCCCCAAGCUCACCCGUGAGAUCCGCCGCCGUCUCACCAAGUACGAGGCCACCCGUACCACCGACAAGCAGCGCAAGCGCCAGAUCCACUUCCCCCAGCGGAAGUACGCCGUUAAGGCUUAAAUGCAAAACUGUUCGGAUCUGGAGUUUUGUGGGAAGACGCUACUUUGCCCUUGGACACAUUAAGCAGGACGUGAAGGUGUAGACCUGAUACCUUGCGGCGGAGUCGAUUUUCUCUCUUUUUUUACAUCCAAAAAAUGGAACUUGAUUAUGUAUCUUAGAAGGAUGCAAAUCGACUCUUGACAUGACAUGACUUUCAACGUCUUUCAA